UUAAAAUCCCUGAACCCCCUUCGUCCCUCUCACUGGGAGCUCGUCCCUAUCGCCUAUCGCGACGUCGCCGUAAGACGUUCCGAGCCCUGUCGCUCGGUGCGGGACCCGGGAGUGUGCCCUCGGUUCCGUUAUCGCUCUGAGGCGGGUACGGGCCCCAGCCUUGCCUCCUUCGGUUCUUGUUAGACACCGAUGGCCCUGCCGGUCGCUUUCCCUCUCAGAACCUUCCCCGGACUACCCGCUCUGCCCCCACCCCCACCCGCGCCGGUACUGUGGUCCCUCGGGAAGUGGAUGCAGGCCCUUACGCUCCGCUCCAGGGAGGGCGGAGAGGCAACCGAGAUGGCGGGGAGGAGGCAGGAAUCUGCGGAGUUAGGGGCCACCAGAAAGGCUGGGGAGAAAGAGCGGCAGGGUUGAAACAGAGGUUGCGUCAGAGCGGGUUCGAAGUGUUGGAAUAGCUAGGGAGGGAAACCGAAGGAUGCGCAAACAGAGAGGGAAACGCAGAUGGACAAAAAGAGAGAAGAGAAACGAGGACAGAGAUAUACACAGAGAACGCAACAUAUAUUGGUCUCGGACAAAGCACGGGACCUAGACCCAGAAUAACCUUAUCUGAGAAGGAAGCCCAGAAGAGGGAAAAAAGGAGAAAUGGCUCUUUCCCAGGGACACCUGACCUUCAGGGAUGUGGCCAUUGAAUUCUCUCAGGAGGAGUGGGAGUGCCUGGACCCUGCCCAGAGGGCCUUGUACAGGGACGUGAUGGUGGAGAACUACUGGAACCUAGUCUCCCUGGGAAGCCUUUCUGCUGGAUUUGCAAUCAAGAAAUUAUCACCAAAAGAGGACAUUAAUAAAGGAGAAUCAUACCACUUAGUGAUAUUGGAGGGAAAUGAAAGCCAAGGCAUCAAGGAUUUUGAUCUCAAGGAAGUCUGGGAAAAUAUGCAUAAGUUUGAGAGUCAGUGGAGAUACAAUGCAAGAAAUUACAAAGAAGUGCCUUUGACACAUAACAAAAAUCUCUCUCAUAGAAAAGAUCAACAGCUUAAUAAAUCCUCAAUUACUUUUCCUCCAAAGCAGAGUACUUCUGUAGGAAAUCAUACAUACCAAUAUCUCAUGCAUGGUGAGCCAUUUGUAAGGCAUUUGUUAAAACUGGAAAAUAACAUAAGUGUUGCUGGAAACUGGUACACAGACUGUUUGAAAAACAGAACUGGGUUAUGUUUACACACACACCUGGCUGAACUGCAGAGAUUUCAGACUGAGGAAAAAAUGUAUGAACGUAAUCAAGUUGAGAAAUCUUUCAACAAUGGUUCCUCUGUUCCACCACUUCAAAGAACUCCUUCUAGUAUCAAAAACAUUUGGAAUAAAUAUAGGAAGAUUUUAAAAUAUCCUUUGUUACCUGCACAAUACAGAAGAGCAUACACUAGGGGAAAAUCUUACAAAUGUAAUGACUGUGGGAAGGCUUUUAGCAAAAGCUCAAACCUCAUGAGUCAUGAGAGAAUUCACUCAGGACAGAGACCUUACAAAUGUAAUGAAUGUGGCAAAGCCUUUACAGAGCGCUCACAUCUUACUCAACAUAAGAAAAUCCAUACUGGAGAGAAACCUUACAAAUGUAAGGAGUGUGGCAAAGCCUUUAACCAAUGUUCAAACCUCACUAGGCAUCAGAGAAUCCAUACAGGAGAGAAACCAUAUAAAUGUGACAUAUGUGGCAAGGUCUGUAGUCAAAAUUCAAACCUUGCAAAUCAUCAGAGAAUGCAUACUGGAGAGAAACCUUACAAAUGUAAUGAGUGUGGUAAGGCUUUUAUCCAACGGUCACACCUUUGGAGUCAUGAGAGAAUUCAUACUGGUGAGAAACCUUACAAAUGUAAUGAAUGCAGCAAAGCCUUUGCUGAACGUUCAAGCCUUACUCAACAUAAGAAAAUCCAUACUGGAGAGAAACCUUACAAAUGUAAGGAGUGUGGCAAAGCUUUUAAGCAGUGCUCACACCUCAUUAGACAUCAGAAUACACAUCCUGGAGAGAAACCACACAAAUGUGAUGUUUGUGGCAAAGCUUUUAUCCAAAGUUCUAGCCUUCUAGAACAUCAGAGAAUUCAUACAGGAGAAAAACCUUAUAAGUGUAGUAAAUGUGAUAAGGCUUUUAUCAGACGGUCACACCUAUGGGGCCAUGAGAGAACUCAUACUGGAGAGAAACCUUACACAUGUAUUGAGUGUGGCAAAGCCUUUGCUGAGCGUUCAAAUCUUACUCAACAUAGAAAAAUCCAUACUGGAGAGAAACCUUACAAAUGUAAUGUGUGUGGCAAAGCUUUUACCCAAUUUGCAAACCUUACCAGGCAUCAGAAAAUACACACUGGAGAGAAACCACACAAAUGUGAUGUGUGUGACAAGGCUUUUAUCCAAAGUUCAAGCCUUAUGGAACAUCAGAGAAUUCAUACAGGAGAAAAACCUUAUAAAUGUAACAAAUGUGAUAAGGCUUUUAUUAAACGUUCUCAUCUUUGGGGUCAUGAGAGAACUCAUACUGGAGAGAAACCUUAUAAAUGUAAUGAGUGUGGCAAAGCCUUCACAGAGCGUUCACAUCUUACUCAGCAUAAGAAAAUCCAUACUGGAGAGAAACCUUAUAAAUGUAAUGAGUGUGGCAAAGCUUUUACCCAGUUUGCAAAACUUACUAGGCAUCAGAAAAUACAUAGUGAAAAGAAACAUUAUAAAUCUAGUAUGUGUGGUAGUGGUUUUAUUCAAAACUCAAGCUUUGGGGAUCAUCAAAGAACUCACAAUAGAAGGAAACCUUACAAAUGUAAUAAAUAUGGACGGGUUUUUAUGUAUCCUUCUUUGUUCACACAGCACCAGAAAACAAAAAUUAAAGAAAAACCAUACAAAUAUGAGUGUGAAAAGACUUUUAGCCAUCAUUCAGUCCUUACUAAUCAUCAGAGAAUUCAUUCUGAGCAGAGACCUUACAAAUGUAAUGAGUGUGGCAAAGCCUUUAAGCAGUUCUCAAACCUCACAAGACACCAACGAAUCCAUACAGGAGAGAAACCAUAUAAAUGUAGCAUCUGUGACAAAGUCUUUAAUCAAAAUUCCCACCUUACAAAUCACUGGAGAAUUCAUACUGGAGAAAAACCACACAAAUGUCAUAAAUGUGGUAAGGGUUUUAUCAAUUGUUCAGAUCUCUGGCGUCAUGAGAGAAUUCAUACUGGAGAGAAACCUUACAAAUGUAAUGAAUGUGGCCCUUACAGUAAGGGUUUUACCAAAUGUUCCUAUCUUUGGGAUCACAAGAGAAUUCAUACUGGAGAGAAAACAUACAAAUAUACUGAAUGUGGCAAGGUUUUUAGGCAGUGGUCUACCCUCAGGAUUCACCGAAAAAUUCAUACUGGUGAGAAACCUUAUAAAGGUAAUGAGUGUGGCAAGGCUUUUAAGCAAUGCUCACACCUCACUAAGCAUCAGAAUGUACAUCCUGGAGAGAAGCCACACAAAUGUACUGUAUGCACCAAGACUUUUAUCCACAUUUCAAGCCUUAUGAAACAUCAGAAAAUCCAUUCUGGAGAAAAACCAUACAAAUGUAAUGAAUGUGGUAAGGCUUUUUCCCAAAGUUCAAGUCUUGUGGAACAUCAGAGAAUUCAUACCGGUGAGAAACCUCACCAAUGUAAUGAGUGUGGCAAAGCCUUUACUGUCCAAUCAAGCCUAACUAAACAUUAAAAAAACCAUACUGGUGAGAAAGAGAAAUCUUACAAAUGUAGUGAGUGUGGCAAAUCCUUUAACUGGUGUUCUUGCUUCACUCGACAUCAGAGAAUCCAUACUGGAGAGAAGCCAUAUAAAUGUAUUGUGUGUGGCAAAGCCUUUAGUCAAAAUUCAAACCUUACAAUUCAUCAGAGAAUUCAUACUGGAGAGAAACCACACAAAUGUAAGCCAUACAAAUGUCCUGAAUGUGGCAAGGCCUUUAGACAACGAUCUGACCUCAGCAUUCACCAAAGAGUUCAUGCUGGAGAGGAACCUUAG